GACCCAGUUGGCCUUUUAAAGAAACAUCUCUAACUCUUCCCUCUUCUCUCCCCCUUUCUCUGAUUCUGCGAAAAAGCUUUGGGAUUUAGCUGUUAAAGUAAAGAUAGAAUCUGCAUAUUACAUAAGAUAAACAAUUAGCCUUGAGAGAGAGUUUGGGAUUGACCUCAAAGAGUUACAUAAGUUGCGAGCGUGAAUGGAAGAGAGUAGCAAGUUCAAGAAGAUUUGUGUGUUUUGUGGAAGCAACUCUGGCCACAAACAAGUCUUCAGCGAUGCUGCUCUUGAAUUGGGCAAUGAACUGGUGAAAAGGAAGAUAGAUUUGGUUUAUGGUGGAGGGAAUGUCGGUUUGAUGGGAUUAGUAUCCCAGACAGUGUUUGAUGGAGGAUGCCAUGUUCUUGGGGUCAUUCCAAAGGCUCUCGUGCCUCGAGAGAUAUCUGGUGAAACUGUUGGAGAAGUAAGAAUAGUUAAAGACAUGCAUGAGCGGAAAGCUCUUAUGGCUGAGGAAUCUGAUGCCUUUAUUGCUCUUCCUGGAGGAUAUGGAACGAUGGAAGAGACAUUGGAGAUGAUAACAUGGGCCCAACUUGGGAUUCAUAAGAAGCCGGUUGGUUUGCUAAAUGCAGAUGGGUACUAUAACUCCUUGCUUUCACUUUUUGACAAUGGGGUUCAAGAAGGAUUCAUCAAGCCGGGUGCUCGGGAUAUAGUUGUCUCUGCUACAACCGCUAAAGAACUUAUGGUCAAGAUGGAGCAAUACACUCCUUCCCAUCAAGUUAUUGCUUCUCAUGAAAGCUGGAAAAGGGCGCAACUAGCUAGUUCUGAACUCUGAAGCGUCGAGCCAUGAACUCUGAAGCUUCGAGCCAUGAGGACCCAAGGUGAAAUAGUUAUUGGUGUAGGUUCUUUGCCAAAAUUGAUUCCUGAUUUGAUUCAUCAAUGCUCGAGACCUCGAGUAGUGCAGAAGAAUCUAUUUAUAUGGGGACGAGACCUUUCAUUUCAGUGUACUCUAUGAUUCCUUGUUAUUUGAUUUCAAGUAAAUUCAUUCAGCCUUG